GUGUUUGAAGACGCACGCAAAACGGUACCCCAAUCCAUUCGUAUUGGUACGAAUCACUGUAAUAUCCGUGUACGUGAACGGCAGCGCCUCGGCAGAGCCUUGCUUAUUCACAAUAGAUGAUAGAUAAGGCCGUGCCGAGCCCUGGUCAUCGCUAAGCUUUUGUAUUGAUUCUCACACGCCUAUUCUUUCACGUUUUCAAAACAAAACUGUACGGACGCGAGCCGCGCAAGACUAUUGAUCGAGCUUUCGUAAUUUGGCGUAAGAAACACAAGGAACCGAUGGAACCCAAGCGCGAACGGAAGCGGCUGUACCGCGGCUUGGACAAUCAUGAGCGCAAUCUGUCCUCCUCGUCCUCGUCGCCGGCGUCGGUAGCUAGGCAGGUCUCGUCGGAAGCCAGCGACGAUCCCCGCCCGACGACCAGUGCAGUGGCGGAAGCCAAGCGCGAACGGAAGCGGCUGUACCGCGGCUUGGGCAAUCAUGAGCUCAAUCUGUCCUCCUCGUCCUCGUCGCCGGCGUCGGUAGCUAGGCAGGACAGUGCCAUAACCAUCACAAGUUCAUCACAGUCCAGUGGGACCACCCAAAUGGUCGUCUCGCCCGACGAUCCCCGCCCGACGCCCACGUGUGACAAAUUUCUACACGAAGUCCUACCUAUUGUGAACACAUAUCAAUUGCCGACAAAGGUCAAAAAGCUCCUGGGGCUGCUGGAUCUGCAUCCGUGCUUUCGUCGCAUCCAGCAGGGCUAUCAGUACGUGCCCAAUGCCGAGCUCUCCACGUGCUUCGUGCUGAAGGCGAAUCGGGACUUUCGUCUGUCCAGCGCGUUACCAACGUCUAACGACUCUGCGCAAGCCUCCCACUCCCACACGGUGCUCAUUAACGACGCGGCAAUUAAGCAGAAACUCAGUGUUGGCUACUACUUCAAGAUCUCCCCUGAGACUGCCAGCCUGUUCUCGGCCAUAGUCUUCAAUGACAUGGAGUUAUCAAUUGGACAGCGGCACGAUUUGGCCGAUAUCCAUCGCCGCUUGCGGCAGGUAAAGCAAUCCUUUGAAGCCACCGCCAGAGUCUUGGCAUUCGGCAGGAAUAUACAUAACGUGGUCUACGACAUGGAUAUCUUUGUCAAUAUAAGAACGAAAUGAUGCAAGGCAAUUAACAGAAA